AUGUAUAAACUUGUUAAAUCGAAUCAAAAUAAUACAUUUAAUCAAAUAUUUGAUGUUUCAUUUUCGACAAAUAUUAAAGAAGUUAAAUAUGGUCAUAAUUCGGAAGACUUAUUACAAUUUGUUAAAAAUCUCAAAUUCUGUACACCCGUAAUACGUGAAAGUUUAUCAUUUACAGACCAAAAAGAAGUUGUUUGCAAAAAAUAUUUGAAUUGUCUUAUUAAUGAAUAUGGGCACGUACCGAUUUUCGGCUAUUCUAAUACAAAUAUGAGCUUAUCUUUGGAAAGUGUCUAUGUAGAAUUAAAAUUUGAUCCAACACAUUCAUCAAUAAAAGCAAUGAAAAUGCUAGAAAUUAAUGAAGAAUUUAGAUGUCAUUCAGGUUCAGGUAAAACUACAUUAUUGAAAUGGUUGCUAAUGAAUAUGGCUAAGCAACGUUUGGGUGAAAAGAAUAUGUUAUUUGAUAAUAUUUAUUCUAGGACAGAGAAAAUACCAAUUCUUAUUCCCAUAUGGAAAUAUGCUGAUAAAGUAAAAGAAAAUCAUAAUAAAACGAAAUCUAGUCUACUUCAGUUUAUUUGUGAAAAUCCUACUUUUGAUUCAAUAUUUUUCAAUGUUGAAGAACGAAAAGAACUAUCAUCAUUGAUUAAAGAAUCAUUAGUAAAGGAAAAUGUUUUAGUUAUAUUUGAAGGUUUAGAUGAAGUUCCUGCUCAUAUAGAUCGAUCAGACUUAAUGAAAUAA